GUUUCGUGAAACAUCCCUCAGGGCUCAGUUAACUGAACAAACUACAUCUCCCAUCAUCCUUCAGUGUCACACAACAACAAACGAGAGGGGGGCAGCAGCUGAGCGGAGACACGAACGGCGUGAACAGAAGGACGGAGAGACAGAAGAGUGUUUGGACUCCAUCAAUGAAGCUUUUCUCCGCUGUGUAGCGGCAGAACUGACGGAGAGAAAUCCGCUCCAAGAUGCCCAAAGACCAGGAAGUGGAGCGCAUCGCCAGAAAGCUGGAUAAAAUGGUGCAGAAGAAGGACACGGACGGUGCUCUUGAUUUGCUGAGGGAACUGAAGAACAUCAACAUGUCUCUGAAGACGUUGCAGUCAACCAGAGUUGGAAUGUCGGUGAAUGCAGUGAGAAAGCAGAGUUCUGAAGAGGAGGUCCAGACUUUGGCCAAAGCUCUUAUCAAGUCCUGGAAGAAACUGCUGGAUGGUUCAGAAGAAAAGUUAAAGAAGGAGGAGAAGAAAAAGGAAGGUUCCCCGGUGAGGUCUUCAUCCACCUCUAAAGGCUCUGGCAGCAGGGCAGAAAGUAGUAAGAAUGGCCCGUCAGCCCCGACCACUCCCACUAAUCCCGCCGUCCCUCUGCGGGUCACCUCCUUUCCUCCCGCCCCCGUCACCACGGACAGCGUGCGGUGCAAGAGUCGAGAGCUGCUGGUGGCCGCCCUGCAGACUGGAGAUGAACACAAGGCCAUCGCCGUCGACUGUCAACACCUUGCUGCACAAAUUGAAGAACAGAUCUUCCAGGAGUUUAAGUCGCCAGAUGUGAAAUACAAAAGCCGUCUACGAAGUCGCAUCUCCAACUUGAAAGAUCAGAAAAAUCCAGAGCUGCGGCGUAACGUCCUGAGUGGAAACAUCUCGCCUCAACGCAUCGCCUGCAUGACGGCGGAGGAGAUGGCAAGUGCAGAGCUGAAGCAGAUCAGAGAGGCUCUGACUAAAGAGUCCAUCAGAGAGCAUCAGCUGUCCAAGAUGGGAGGAACCGAGACGGACAUGUUCAUCUGCAACAAGUGUCACGGAAAGAGCUGCACCUACACGCAGGUGCAGACCCGCAGCGCCGAUGAGCCCAUGACAACCUUUGUUUUGUGUAACAGCUGUGGAAACCGAUGGAAGUUCUAUUGAAGACCCGUGUGGACAUUAUUCCAUCAAAACCUACUAAAAGAACUCAGUUUGGAUUGAAAAAUUAUCAUUUAUUUAGUAAUUUUUUGUUUUUUAUAUAUUUAACACUCACAGCUGUAAUUUAUAUUUGGAUGAAAAUAUUUCAUGUUGUGUAUUAGUUUGAUUUGUUUUGUACGGAGCACAGAGUUUUUUCUUGGAGGUAAAUGAAGCAGUAAGCCAGUUCGGCCUUUUGGAGAAAGCUGAUGGGUCUUUCUGCCACAUUUUUCCUCUAACACACAUUAAAGUUGCUCUUGGAUCAAGAUGAAAAUAUUGUACAUCAUAUUUCUUGCUUCUACUCUGAGAUAUUGCAUCUUAUACAGAUUUUAGAUUAGUUCUUUGGCAUGUUGGCAUCAUUUUUAUAAAGAGGUUUAUUAAUAAGAAGAUGCAGCUUGUAGACUUAUGCAGUAAUCACAGGUCUAACUGCAGCCUGUUAGUUGUGGUUUACUGAGUGAAUCUGAGCUGAACUGCUGCAGGUCAGCAGAAAUGGCUAAUAUGACUGUGCUGAAGAGUUUAAUACAGAUAAAACGGUGUUUAAGAAUAAAUGACCUUUUCUGAAUGUCUUGAACUGGGAGAACUGAAAGCUUCAGGUCCUACAGGUUGUGCUGAGCUGAUACAGUGACCCUUGUUCAUGGGAUCUUUCACUGAAUCUGAACUGAAAACAGAGGUGAUGGAAAGUGGUGAGAGAGCAGAACACGCAACGUUCCCACUGUUUGUUGUGGAAACAGAGCUGAGCUCUUCCCAUACAUGAGCAUGGAGAGAGGUGACGGGGGGAGCUUUGUCAUAUCACACAUUCUGUGAGGUGUCUUCUUCCUGGAUGGAAAACAGACUGAAGGCAGCCAGCGCAGGCUGGUUGCAGGCUGGUUGCAGGCUGGUUGGAUGUGGCAGAAGGAAACUCCAGUGAACAGAUAAUAUGAGAAACAAUAACAAUCUUGCUCGCUGACCGAACUGGCAAAUUAAGACAACGAUUGGGAAUAUAAAUUAAAGAAAUCUGGUUAAAAAAAUGUGGGAGAGCUUCACAAGGAGAGGACUGAGGCUGGAGUUCGUGCUUCCAGACCCACCACACAUACACGGAUCCUGGACCUGGACUUCAGACGUCAUAUCCCACUAAUCCAGUCGGUCCUGAACUAAACACGUCAGAAGAGUCUUACCUGGACUAAAGAAACCAUGACCUGGUCUGCUGAGCAGUGGUCUUGGCUCUUUUCCACAGUGGGUGGUGAUGUGGGAGCUAUGUCACCUGGUGCUGGUCCACUUGGCUUUAUUAAGUCCAGAGUCCACGCAGCGUCUACCAGGAGGUUUUAGAACCCUUUAUGCUUCCUUCAGCAGAAAAGCUUUAUGGAGAUGCGGACUUUAUUUCCAGCAAGACUCGGCACCUGCCCACACUGCCACAAGAACCAGAACCUGGUUACUUUUUAACUCCUGGGAUCCUUCACACCAGUAGCUCUGUCUGCAGGGUUGUUGCCAUGGUGACUGCCUUUGUCUGGGUGGCUGGAGGUCCUGCACUGCAGCCUUGUGGCUGUGCUAUGGACCCCGGCCUGCCCUGACCUGGGUGGGUCCUGUGGUGACACCCUCUGUGGUCAUGGGUGGGCUGGCUUCUGGUCUGACUGGAUUCCCAAGAUCCCGUUUCCUCACAGCAGCAUCAAGCCAGAUGUUUUUAGACUUGCAUUCAGUGAAGAGACAGUAACAAAGGAUGGGAGCUCAUGUUCGUACAGAAUGGGGUAUGGGCAGGUGUGUGUGUGUGUGUGUGGCUGUGUGAGAAAGAGACUACUAUGAGAUGUGUUUAAAUUUCCUGUUAUAUUCUGGUGCGUAAAGGCUUUUUAAUUUUGUUUAUAAUAUGUAAAGCACUUUGUGUUGCUUUGUGCAUGAAAGGUGCUCGAUAAAUAAAAUUUAAUUUGAUUUAAUGAGAUGAGCAUGGAGCAAUGCAGAAGAGCUGAAGGCUGCUAUUGAAGCAUCCUGGUCUUCCAUUCCACCCCAGCAGGACCACAGGCUGAUAACAUCCAUGCCAAGAGGCUCAAACCAUGUACCAGGUUCAUAUGCAGGACUAGACUCUUCAGAUGGUCACAUUUCUGGAUUCAAUAUCCAUUUUUAUUGAUUUCAUCUAAUGUUCUAAUUUUCUGUGAUUCUUUAUUUUUGGGUUUUCAUGAGCUGUAAACCAUAAUCAUCGGAAUUAAAUUAAUAAAUACCUGAAAUCUC